ACCUUCCCUUGCCAUGCUAUCAAGUUCUGCUCUUUGCACGGCACGAUUCUUUGUUUUUGUUUCUAUUACUAAGCUACCUAAUUUGGACUAAUUGGUGUGACAAUCACGCUGUUACAGGAUUCGAAACCCCUAGGCUACAGCCUCUACGUGUGCGUUAAACUCCACCUCCACCUCCACAUUCCUUCCUCCACUCCUUCCCGAAACAAUGCGAGACACCGCGGCCUCUCGCAAGUACAUCGAUCUCAUUCGCGGGGCGUCGUCCAAGUGGGCAAACUGGGAUCCACCAACGAAAAUUAAGGUGGGGGAUUAUGGGAAAAUUGAUAGUGAAUCUGGAGAGCUUGACGUGGAAGGGAAUAUCUACGAAGAAGCGUUCCAAGAGUCACUAAACAAGCAAGGCUUGAAGAUCGACCUAUCUGAUGUAUUGUGUCAGCCUAAGAAAGGCGGACUCGGCGACGACAUCAUCUUGACAUCUUCGGGCGUCAAACGGGGAGAUUUGUCGAUGAAGCCAGAAGUCUCAUUCCUCAACCUGGCCUCUACCUCCGUCAAGGCCGAGUUUCAAUUUCAGGAAGGCAAGCGAGGCGCCGUCCUUAUAAUGCACAAGCCCCAGCAGGAAUUUAUUCCACCGGGCAAGGUUCUGAAUCUUGUCCACAACGCAACCGAGCUGUAUGACAAAUACCUUGUCACCAGCACGUUCACGUGCCCAGGAUAUUUUAUCUAUAUGUCUAACAAGUCCGGAGAGAGAAUAGCAGUGGGGCUUACCACCAGCGCACCGAUUCUAGCUGCAGGAGGCCUGACUGCUGGCGCAACAGCUUCCGUGGAUUGGUGGACUGAUGCUCAAGCAGCAUUCCUCCGAAAAGCGUUUGACAAGGCUGGACAAUACCGCUUCACGCCACUGUACACCCUGAACCGACAAAAUAAUCUUAUACGGCGAUUAUUUCGCGGGGAAGUGGAAGAGGAAACAGAAGAUGAUUUGUGGCCUGAUUGUACGACACCAUGGCAGCCUCUUGAUGAAGACGGAGUCGAAGAUCCAGUGUGGGAGGACGUACGUCACUGAAGCCUUGCUCAUUCCUUCUAUUAAUCUAGGCUCAUGAUUUAUCUUUCAGAACGAUGAAGAUUUUGCUCCCCGAUCUCCUGUAGAGGACAGUUUCCCAUUCACAUGACAUGAUAUCGUCUGUGGUUUGGUUUAUCUCCGUGACACCGUUUGGAUGACCGGUUUAUUUCUAGAUCUGCGCUGGCUGUAUACGUGUCUGUACUAUCUCUCUCUGACAUAUGUAAACCAUGCAAUAUAAUACAUAUACUCCGACUAUUCUCACCAAGCG